UGGAAAGAGGCUGCUGCUGUAAAAGAACUGAGUGUUCUGGAUAGGGAUCGGUGCAAUUUGGUCAAGUACUACGAAAUUUUCAAGUACAAACGUCGCGCCUUCAUUUCAAUGGAAAUGCUAGACAUUAGUCUGCAUGACUUCGUGACUCAAAGGUCUCACAGUCCACUGGAUGUCUAUGAUAUCCGGGUCAUUUUAAAGCAGAUGUUUGUGGCUCUUACCGCUCUGAAGAGCAGAGGUAUGAUGCAUGCAGACAUCAAACCUGAUAAUAUCAUGCUUGUAAAUCAGUCUCAACAGCCAUAUAGAGUUAAACUUAUUGAUUUUGGUUUUGCCACAAGUCCUGCAAAAAUUCCAUGUGGCGCUGUUAUUCAGGCCCUUGGUUACCGGGCCCCUGAGGUCAUGUUGGGCAUACCUGUGACUGAAUCGGCAGACAUAUGGGCUCUCGGUUGUGUCGCAGCUUUUCUAUACUUGGGCUACCACCUGUUUUUCAACAUGAAUGAAUAUGAAAUGAUGCAACAUUUUGUUCACAUGUUUGGUCAGCCUAAUAAAAGCAUGUUACAGGAAGGGAAGCACAGUAAGAAAUAUUUCUGGAUGAGGAAAGGGAUAAUGAAACACACAUGGGUACUGAAGACACCAGUUCAGUAUUCAGUAUCUACAGGCAUUUUGAUCAAACAAAAUAAAACAAUCACAGACAGAUUUGCGUGCGUGGAUGAUUUAACCAAACACCAACCACAGCCAAACACAGAAUCCGAAGCGGAAGACACAGCGGCAUUUUUAAGCCUGCUCAAAUGGAUGCUGUGUGUGGAUCCUAUAAAAAGAAUCACACCUGUUGAGGGUCUGGGACAUCGUUUUAUUACAAUGAAACAUCUUCCUGAGGACCCUGCAGUAGAUUGCUACACGGAGUCAUCCCACUCGAGCAUGGAAGUGUGCUCACCCCUCAGUGUAGAAAAUGAAAUCGAAAACUUUGUUACCUCCAGUGAAAUCAUAAGCAACAGCGAACAGAGCAGUGAGAGAUCUAGACUGUCUUCCACUUUUAACAACGGUGUGACUGCAGCUAAAAUCCAAAUAAACCGACAGAAAAGAGCAGCUGCACGCAAAAAGAAUCAGCCUGCAUUUCGCAGGUUUGCAUGGCAGGCAGAAGAUGACAUGUCUUGUAGUCAGGGUGUCGAACAAAAGCCUGGGAUGACCCAAAAACAGCUGGUAGGAACUUACUCUAAAGCCAGGGAUUUAGAUUCUAGCAGAGAAGGAACAGUCAAAACAAAGCCUCCGAAAGCUCGGAUUUCAUUAGGGAAAAGGAUCAAAAACUUUUUCUUAAGGUUGUUUUGCUUUUCUUCACAUGUUGAAGAAUCUUAAGAUCAACCCUCCCCAACCGGUCAUGGCAGAUGGCCGCCCCUCCCUGAGCCUGGUUCUGUCACAGGUUUCUUCCUGUUAAAAGGGAGUUUU